CGCGGAGAGGCGAUGGCGGAUAUUGACAAGCUCAACAUCGACAGCAUCAUCCAACGGCUGCUGGAGGUGAGAGGAUCAAAACCAGGUAAAAAUGUCCAACUUCAAGAGAAUGAAAUAAGAGGAUUGUGCUUGAAAUCUCGAGAGAUCUUCCUGAGUCAGCCCAUUCUUUUAGAACUUGAAGCACCACUUAAAAUAUGUGGUGACAUCCAUGGACAAUACUAUGACUUACUUCGACUCUUUGAAUAUGGAGGCUUCCCACCAGAAAGCAACUAUCUCUUCCUUGGUGACUAUGUUGAUAGAGGGAAGCAGUCUUUAGAAACCAUUUGCCUCUUACUGGCUUACAAGAUAAAAUAUCCAGAGAAUUUUUUCCUCCUUAGAGGGAACCAUGAAUGUGCCAGCAUUAAUAGAAUUUAUGGCUUCUAUGAUGAAUGUAAAAGAAGAUACAAUAUAAAGCUGUGGAAAACCUUCACAGAUUGCUUUAACUGCCUACCAAUUGCAGCCAUUGUGGAUGAGAAAAUAUUUUGCUGCCAUGGAGGCCUGUCACCAGAUCUCCAGUCAAUGGAACAGAUUCGACGAAUUAUGCGCCCCACUGAUGUGCCGGAUCAGGGCCUCCUUUGUGAUCUGCUGUGGUCUGACCCUGACAAGGAUGUCUUGGGAUGGGGUGAAAAUGACAGAGGCGUCUCUUUCACAUUUGGUGCUGAAGUGGUUGCGAAGUUCCUUCACAAACAUGAUUUGGAUCUCAUAUGCAGAGCUCACCAGGUGGUUGAAGAUGGGUAUGAGUUCUUUGCAAAGAGGCAGCUGGUGACUCUGUUUUCUGCCCCCAAUUACUGUGGGGAGUUUGACAAUGCAGGCGCCAUGAUGAGCGUGGAUGAGACUCUGAUGUGUUCCUUUCAGAUCUUGAAGCCUGCCGAGAAGAAGAAGCCCAACGCUAGCCGGCCCGUAACGCCACCCAGGGGUAUGAUCACAAAACAAGCAAAGAAAUAAUUAUCGUGGCUACUGCCUAGUUGGGACUUGUAUUAUAGUAUAUAAUCUCCAUUUUUUUAAAAGAAAUACGGUAACCUGUAUCGGUCAGCUUGCUAAAACUAGAUUAAAGUGUUUUGUGUUUUUGUUU